AUGGAUAUUCAAUGCAAUCCAUUGCACAUAUUCUUCUUUCCAUUCAUGGGUCAUGGCCAUAUGAUACCUGCCAUUGAUAUGGCCAAACUCUUUGCUUCAAAAGGUGUUAAAACCACCAUUGUCACCACACCUCUCAACAAACCCACCAUCUCCAAAGCCAUUCAACACUUCAAAAACCAUUCCAACAAUAUUCAUAUUCAAACCAUCAACUUCCCUUGUGUAGAAGUUGGUUUACCCGAAGGAUGUGAGAAUCUUGAUCUAGUCCCUUCACCUCUUGAAGCUCCUGCAUUCUUUAAGGCUACUAGAUUGAUGCAAGAGCCCUUCGAAGAACUAUUGCUUCAGCAACAACCACAUGCUAUUGUUGCUGAUAUGUUCUUUCCAUGGACAACUGAUUCCGCUGCAAAACUCGGAAUUCCUAGGAUUGUCUUCCAUGGUACUAGUUUGUUUUACCUCUGUGUUUCUCAGUGUUUGAAAAAACACGAGCCUUACAAAAAUGUUACUUCUGAUACAGAACUGUUCUUGAUUCCUGAUCUUCCUGGUAAUAUCAAAAUGACAAAUUUGCAGAUGCCAAGUCCAGUCACCAAAGACGAUCCAGUAAACCAAGGGUUUGCGAAAAUAUUUAGAGAAAUAAGGGAAUCCGAGGAGAAGAGUUAUGGUGUUAUUGUUAAUAGUUUUUAUGAGCUGGAAGGUGUUUAUGCCGAUUUUUACAGCGAAGUAGUCGGAAUAAAAAACUGGCAUAUAGGUCCAUUCUCAGUUCAGAAUAGAGAUAAAGAGGAAGAAAUAACAUCAUACCGUGGAAAAGAAGCAAGUAUUGACAAACACGAGUGUUUAAAAUGGCUUGGCACAAAAGAUGUCAACUCAGUUGUUUACUUGUGUUUCGGAAGUACAACACACUUUCUGGAUUCUCAGCUUCGAGAAAUUGCGAUAGGACUUGAAGCAUCAGGGAAAGACUUUAUCUGGGUUGUGAGGAGAAAGAAAGAAGAGGUGGAAGAAUGGCUACCAGAAGGAUUUGAGGAGAGAAUGGAAGGAAAGGGAUUGAUUAUAAGAGGUUGGUCACCACAAACAUUGAUUCUUGAGCAUGAAGCAAUUGGUGCAUUUGUGACACAUUGUGGAUGGAACUCAACUUUAGAAGGAGUUGUAGCUGGUGUGCCUAUGGUUACUUGGCCUGUGGCUGCUGAGCAGUUUUAUAAUGAGAAGUUGGUGACUGAGGUGCUUAAGAUUGGUGUACCUGUUGGAGUUAAAAAAUGGGUUCGAUUUUAUGGAGACAAGAUUGAAAGUGAUGCAGUGGAGAAAGGUGUGAGGAGGGUUAUGGAAGGGGAUGAAGGAGAAGAAAUGAGGAAUAGGGUGAAAGUGCUUGCACAAAAUGCUAAGAAAGCUGUGGGAGAAGGUGGAUCUUCUUACUCUCAAUUGAAUGCUUUACUUGAGGAGUUGAGUUCAGUUAGAAAAUGA